AUGGUUCUUAAUUGGUUUCGAGACUAUCUUAAUAAUCGGACUCAAAGGGUUGUCAUGGAAGGGGUAUUCUCUGGCUGGACACAUGUGACUUCUGGUGUGCUUCAGGGCAGCAUACUGGGACCCUUGCUGUUUGUUAUUUUCAUAAACGAUCUUCCGAAUGCUGUGCCACAGACAACGAAAGUUGCGCUAUGUGCUGACGACACCAAAUCAUUCAGAGGAAUAACUUUCGAAGGUGAUUCUUGUGACUUACAACAAGCUCUAUCUAAUUUGUCGACCUGGAGUAGCAACAAUAACAUUUCUUUUAACGAGUCGAAAUGCAAGUCGAUGACAGUUACUAGAAAGAAACAACCUAUCCCCUUUAUCUAUCAUCUUGACCUGUUUCCUAUCAAUAAAGUUCAAGAAGAAAAAGAUCUCGGUGUACUAAUGACCAGUAGCCUAUCAUGGGAUUCUCACAUUCAAAGGAUAUCUGCGAAAGCCAAUAGAAUGGUCGGGCUACUGAAAAGAACCUGCCCUCUCUUGACUCAAGUGCAUGUCAGGAGAACACUGUAUUUGGCCCUUGUCAAAUCACAAGUAUGCUACGCAAGUGAAGUCUGGUCUCCUCACCAAAGUAACCUGAAAAUCAAAUUAGAACAAAUACAAAGGCGUGCCACUAGAUGGAUCCUGAAAGUUAAG